CCAACCGCCCACCCCCUCACCCCCAACACAUACUGCCUCCUCUCCAGGAAAAGGAAUGCUAAGACUUCAGAGGCUUCCUGCCCCCCUCCCCUUGGGGAGGGUUCAGGACCGCAGAGAUUAUAUAUUUGGACAAAAGGUGGGGCAGUAAAGUGUAAUGGUUAGAGAAACCCCAGCCCAGGCUUAAGCUGCCAGCAUGAACUAACUCCCCAUUUCCUGACCUCCAGGGGGUGCCAUUUCUCUUGGUCUUUCCCCCAGAUAGCAACAAGUCAAACUGCAUGUCUACACUCACUAGUACUUUGCCUCUGGGUUUACACAACCAUCAUGAGUUAUUUAUUGGCUGCAGAAGGACAUGUCUGCACACCCCCACUGGAGUGGGGGAGUGGAAUGUGCUUCUUGUGGGGGAGGGGGCCUGCUUUGGGUGAGUCUUUAUCCCAGUGUGGACUUUGUGAUUGAAAAGACUCCCAGAGCAGAUUAAAGCCCAGCCCUUGAUUGCUCUAAGGAAGGGCCUAAGGAGUUUCAUCCCACCUUUUUUCCUUCCUAGUACAUCCCAGAAGAGAAAGCUCCUUCCUAAUCCUCAUUCUGAGGAACUUGAGCAGCUGCCUCAGGCCUGGUGGAAUCAUCUCUCCCUUUCCCCCUUAGCCAAAGGCUGAGUUAAGGGACAGACAGGGAGCUGAGCUGCAGCUGCUUCCUAUGUGAUAAUGAUGCCCCCUCCCCUGGCCCGCCCACUCUGACCAAGGUCUUUCAUAACCCUGUGGGGAGCUGCUGUCAGUCCUGUGGUUUGGGAAGUGGCUCCCUGGGCCUCUUGCUGGGAACUUGGGCUGGGUUCUUCCGAGGCAGGGCAGGAAAGUUACCAGUUCUCUUUUCCCAAAGCCUGGAGAGGUGAGGGCGCUGCUUGGAUCUGGAAGAGGACUGGGAGGUGCUGGUCCUGGGGAAGCUCAAGUGGGACCUGGCUGCUGUGAUUGCCCAUGAUUUCCUGGCCCUGAUCCUGCACCGGCUGUCUCUGCCCAGUGACCGACAGGCCUUGGUCAAAAAGCAUGCUCAGACCUUUUUGGCCCUCUGUGCUACAGAUUACACCUUUGCCAUGUAUCCGCCAUCCAUGAUUGCCACCGGCAGCAUUGGGGCUGCAGUGCAAGGCCUGGGUGCCUGGUCCACAUCCGGAGAUGAGCUCACAGAGCUGCUGGCAGGGAUCACCGGCACUGAAGUGGACUGCCUUCGGGCCUGUCAGGAGCAGAUUGAAGCUGCACUCAGGGAGAGCCUCAGGGAAGCCGCCCAUACAUCCCCCAGCCCAGCCCCCAAAGCCCCCAGAGGCUCCAGCAGCCAGGGGCCCAGCCAGACCAGCACUCCCACAGAUGUCACAGCCAUCCACCUGUAGCGCCGGAGAGGCCCCCUCCAGUGGCCACUGACAGCAGAGGGGACACUGCCACCCUCCCUCCCUGCAGGAAUGAACCACGCCACAUCUGCCACAACUGAAGUCUGAGGGGGCUCCUUCCAUUCGCCCUUCGCUAAACAGAAGGGGGCAGGUCCUACCUAUCCUUGCGGUGUGCACUAAGGGGCCUGGCCAGCCAUGUUUGGGUGGCUAGUCAGGCCCCUCCUUCUCUGUGCCUCUGACCAGCUCAGCUCCUCCCGGUUCUGGCUGGGGGGGGGUGUCAGGCUGCUCAGAGACAAAAUUCAAGUAGGUAGUUACAGGCACCAGCAUUCCUUUCUGAGGCCCCUCUAUCUUGGGGCUCUCGUGUUCUCAACUGCCAAAAUGCCCUGGUGCCUCAUAAAGGUGCUGCACCUUCUAGAGUCGCUGCAUUUGGAUUGGGGUCUUUCUGAAGAAAUUGCCAAUAUUCUGAGGGGACAGCUCUUCUCAACACACUUUGGACAACCCUGCAUAAUCCAUGCUCACAGCUACUCCCAGAGGGAGGGGCCCAGGCCUCUGGUCAGAGAUUCAAGAAUCAACCAAUUCCUCUUUGCUUUGCUUUCCACUCAGCUUCUGUGUGAUUGAGGGGGGUCAGUGCUGAAGGAAAAGGUUUUAAUUUAUUAAUUGUAUUGGAUACAACUGUAAGAGGGUGUGGUGGGGCCCACCUACCCCACAAGUGGUGGUAACCCUGGUGGUUGCUGCGUCCCUCCCCUCUGCUACUGGCUAGAGGAUCUUUGUGAUGGAGGAGCUGCUACAGCCUGGGGAGGGGCCAGGCCCUCCUCUCCCUUUGGCCCUCUGCCCCAUCCUUCAGUGGGGGAUGAAGCAAGGAUGACCUGAAAGUGACUAAGCCCCCUAUCUGGAGGGAUGCAAGCCCUGUUGACACAGGUCUUUCUUAAGGCGACAAGGUCCAGGCUGCUGGCCCAGGACCAUCAUGCUACCUUAAUAAAGAUUGUGGAAUAAAACCGGCCUUGGCUUCUUGGAUUGGUUGGCGGUGUCGGUAAAAGCCCAUUUCUAAACUGCAUGAGGUAGGGAGAUCAGAAAUCAAUGGUCUCAAGCAGGGUCUGUUGAGCCUUUUCUGUAAAGGGCCAGAGUAAAUACUUUAGGCUUAUGUGCCAUGUUGUCUCUGCCCCACAUAUAGUCUUACUUUAUAAUGGAAUGUAUGCGACCCUAAAAAUCACGGCACUCUGCAAAACUGCAUAAUAAAACCCACAAGACUUAUGUAUGGGCUUAAGGCACAACCAAAAUGUAAUGAGCGGUGUUUUUUUGUUUUUGUUUUUUUUUUUAAAGAAAGAAGACAGCAUAGUUUUUAUACACUAAAUGGUUAAACACAAAUACAAUAACUAUAGUCCUUUAUCUUCAAAAAGACCUAAAGCUUGCUUCUGGAAGCAGAGGUCAGAAGGAUGUGGAAGGUGGGUUGACACCAGAUGUGGUGUGACUCCCAACCACAUGUUGGAGCUGCAUGCAUUUGUGUACCUGGCCUGGCUCAGCUGGGUGCAGUUUUCUGAUUUUACGUAGUGUUUCUCAAGAACAAAACUGCACAUAAAUAAAUGUGGUAUUUUCUUUAUGAUCAAAUUGUUCUCAAAUGUACUAACUGGGUUGGCACAAAGCCAUACUUUCAAAGACAAACGAGUUCCAGGAUUGUACUCCGCUAGUGCAGCAUGGAGUAGCAAAAGAAACCAUGUAAAUAGAUGGGAGUGGCUGUGUUGCAAUAAAAACUAGA